CUCACUGUCUCUCUGAGCUCAGAAGGAAGGUAUAUGUGUGAGAGGAGAUUCAAAUCCCUAAGCCCUCUUUCAAAUCCCAGGUAAGAAGGAAGAAGAAGAUGAUGAAGAAGCAGCAGCAGGCGUCGCAUUACUGGCUGUUUGACAGCCGAAGCAACUCGACAAGAACUCCAUGGCUUCAGUCGACUCUGGCUGAGCUGGAGAAGAACACAGAUGCCAUGCUACAGCUGAUUCAGGAAGAUGCAGAUUCUUUUGCCCAACGUGCAGAGAUGUAUUACAAGAAGCGACCACAGCUAAUCGGCAUGGUUGAAGAAUUUUAUCGAGCUCACAGGUCAUUAGCUGAGAGAUAUGAUCUAGUUAAGUCUGAUUCGGGAACUCGCCUCCUGACAACAUUAGGGUCUCCUUUCUCAACCAAAUGCCAUUCAGAAAAGUCAAUGAGUGUGGUGGAUGAAACCUACGAUAGCCUGUCUGAAACCUGUGAUCCUGAGGAGUACACUGAGUCUGAAGUUGAUGAUCCUGAAAUUGAGGAUGAAACCCCAGUUAAUAAAGCAACAGAAGGGAAGGUUUCAUGCAGAGUCAGUGACGAUGAAGUGAGGAAGUUAAAGGAAGAAAUAGAGAGGCUCCAAGAGGAAAAUACAAUUCAACAGGCUCAGCUAAAGCAGAAAGAUGAUGAGAAGAGAGAGGUAAUAAGACAGUUGAGUGUAGCUGUGGAUGUUUACAAACAGGAAAAUGUGAAGCUGAGAAAGUAUCUUGCCCGAGAAUUAGCAGAUAAUUCGAGUCCCUUCUUCGAGUUUAACAAAUUGAAGGCUACAUUUCUAGGGAAGUUGUUUAACAGGUCCCCAAAGUCUCAUACUCCAAUUGUUGCACUCUAGCUGUCGGUUAGCAGGUUUGCAAUUAGUAUAAUUAUAGGACACAGUUUAUAUAAAUGUUUAUAUUGGGGUAAUUUCCCUUGUAAUUUAUGUAAGGAGUCUAGUAUUUCCUUCAAAGACUGCUUCUCAGGUUUCUUAUGUUGUUGGUGUGUUAUUCUGCAUUGAUUGUAACUCAAUUACAUUGGUAUAAAUAUGGUAGCCCCUAUUUUGU